AUGAUUAUUCCAUACCAUACCUAUUCCUCUAUUUUGAGAUCUCAGGUCAAGGUUGUAUUUCACUUCCGGUUAAAUUCGUCAGAAGAAAAUAGAAACAUGAAGAUGGCAGAGAAUUUAGAUAUUUCUGCUGGACAGAAGAUACUUUUACUUUGGUCAGGAAAUCAAGCUGUUGAGAAACUGCAACAAGUGGUUGAGGAACUCAAAGCUAAAGUAGGAGAAACAGGCAAAGUCCAGGUGGAAAAUAUUGAAAGAUUAGCAUUAUCAUCAUACCAAGAUUCUUCAUUUGACGCAGCCAUUUCUGGUUUGAUACAGCCAUGUUCAUCCCUCCACACGACUGAUUCUCUGGGAGAGAUUUGUCGCAUUCUUAAACCAAAUGGAAGUUUGAUAGUUCAGGAACCAGUCAAUAAAUCCUCAGAGAAUGGACAGCUUAAAGCGAAAGACAAACUUAUCUCUACCAUCAAACUCUCUGGAUUUGUUGAUAUAUCCCAGCCAGAAAAAGUUGAAAUAUCAGCAGAUGAUGUAAAAAGUAUACAAAGCUCUCUCUCCUUAACAAAAGAAUUCCAAGUCAUUAAGAUAACUUCCAAAAAGCCAAAUUAUGAAGUGGGUUCAACUUCACAGCUUAAAAUUUCAUUUGGAAAGAAGAAAGUGGAUAAAUCACAAGAGGAGGUAGCCAAGGUGUGGACCUUGUCAGCAUCUGACAUGUUGGAUGAUGAAGUGGAGUUGGUGGAUGAUGAUGCUUUGUUGGAUGAAGACGACCUCAAGAAGCCGGAUCCCUCAUCACUCAAAGCAACCUGUGGUGAUGGUCCAAAGAAGAAGAAAGCAUGUAAAAACUGUACUUGUGGUUUGUCUGAUGAACUGGAAGCGGAGGCCAAAACCAAGAAAAAGACAGCAACCUCAGCCUGUGGAAGUUGCUAUCUGGGCGAUGCGUUUCGAUGUGCGAGCUGUCCUUACCUGGGUAUGCCAGCCUUCAAGCCUGGCGAGAAAGUGACUUUAUCAGGGACCCAGCUAAAGGCUGAUGCGUGACAGACUUAAAAUAAGCGGAAUUCUUGGAUGUGAUAUUUCACCCCCUUUUCAGUACAUGGAGGGACUCUUUGUAUGAAAGUCCAAUCUUUUUUCGGAAUAAAAAAAAAUCUUGAACUUCGAAAUAAUGGGCCCAACUAAAGCAAAAUACAUAAACAUUAAUUAAUGUUGUUUACCAUUUAUUGGAAUGUAAAUGUCCAAAAAGAAGAACAUUGACAUUUUUAGAUAGAGGAAAUUUGGAUUUUGUUUUUAAGAAGUAUUCAUGUAAUGGUGGGCUAUAUGAAGGUUUUAGGCUUGUUAACAUGAUCGUUGAAUGAGUGAUCAGACUUUCAGCAAGACAAUGUUGAAGAAUUUUUCAAAUGUUUUAAGCUCAUCAAUUAUGUUGGCUCGCAAAAUAUGAUCUAAAAUUAAGAAUUAUGAUGUAUUUGUCUUCAAAAUGAAUCUGUGUAAAAUCAG